AUUACUUAUUAUAUCCCAAACACCCCCCUAAGUAUCUUCCAAACGCACUUAACCCACCGGCGACAGUCUCCGUUCACCCCAUUUCUCCUCCAAACCCCCAAAUCCGAAACCCUAACCCUAACUCCAUUCAAUCGCCAAAUUAUCAUCCGAUUUCGGUUCCAAAAUCUCCACAACCAGAUCGUUGUUCAUCACACACAAUCAACAAUGGUGUUGGCAGAGUUAGGUGGGAGCAUAUCACGUGCUCUCCAGCAGAUGAGCAAUGCAACGAUCAUCGAUGAGAAGGUUCUCAACGAGUGCUUGAACGAGAUCACUCGCGCUCUUCUUCAAUCCGAUGUGCAGUUCAAGCUUGUUCGUGAUAUGCAGACGAAUAUUAAGAAGAUUGUUAAUCUCGAUGAUCUCGCUGCUGGUCAUAACAAGCGGAAAAUCAUCCAACAGGCUAUAUUUAAUGAGCUCUGCAAGAUGUUAGAUCCCGGGAAGCCGUCUUUCACACCGAAGAAAAGCAAACCAAGUGUUGUCAUGUUUGUGGGUCUACAAGGGUCCGGCAAAACUACAACAUGCACAAAGUAUGCAUAUUACCACCAAAAGAAGGGCUGGAAACCAGCUUUGGUGUGUGCAGAUACAUUUAGGGCUGGUGCUUUUGACCAGUUGAAGCAGAAUGCGACAAAAGCAAAGAUUCCGUUCUAUGGGAGCUAUAUGGAGUCAGAUCCUGUGAAAAUUGCAGUAGAAGGUGUCGAGAGAUUCAAAAAGGAAAAUUGUGAUCUUAUUAUCGUUGACACUAGUGGUCGGCACAAACAAGAAGUAGCUCUUUUUGAAGAAAUGCGACAAGUGGCUGAAGCAACGAAACCGGAUCUUGUUAUAUUCGUGAUGGAUAGUAGUAUCGGUCAAGCUGCGUUUGACCAAGCUCAAGCAUUCAAACAGAGUGUUGCGGUUGGAGCUGUUAUUGUUACUAAAAUGGACGGUCAUGCAAAGGGAGGUGGAGCUCUUAGCGCAGUUGCUGCAACAAAAAGCCCAAUCAUAUUCAUUGGAACCGGUGAACAUAUGGAUGAAUUUGAAGUUUUUGAUGUUAAACCGUUUGUCAGCCGUCUUUUAGGAAUGGGUGACUUGUCUGGAUUCAUGGACAAAAUACAAGAAGUUGUUCCUAUGGAUCAGCAGCCCGAGCUUCUGCAAAAGCUACAAGAAGGAAAUUUCACAAUGAGGAUCAUGUAUGAGCAAUUCCAGAACAUCCUCAAAAUGGGUCCCAUCAACCAGGUGUUCUCGAUGCUUCCAGGAUUUAGUUCCGAGUUGAUGCCUCAAGGCCGUGAAAAAGAAAGCCAAGCAAAGAUUAAAAGAUACAUGACGAUGAUGGAUUCAAUGACUAACGAAGAGUUGGAUAGUACAAACCCAAAACUGAUGAACGAGUCGAGGAUGAUGCGAAUCGCAAGAGGUGCUGGUCGCCAAAUGAGGGAAGUUCUUGAAAUGUUUGAAGAGUAUAAGCGACUCGCUAAAAUUUGGAGCAAAAUGAAGGGUUUAAAAAUCCCUAAAAAAGGAGACAUGAGCGCGCUAUCAAGGAAUAUGAAUGCGCAACACAUGAGUAAAGUUCUUCCUCCGCAAAUGCUAAAGCAAAUCGGUGGUAUGGGUGGGUUACAGAGUUUAAUGAAACAGAUGGGUUCUAGUAAAGACAUGAUGGGCAUGUUUGGUGGCGGUGACAAGUAGACCGCUACAUUGGCUAGCUUUUACAACACGGUGGCUCAUGUUGUGAACCAAACCAGCUAGCCCAUGAGAUACAUUAGAAGUCUUGAAACAAGUUUUGAUAAUUGUUUGUUUGGAUAUUAUCAUUUGUAAAGACUGAAUGUGUUAAUGAAUAUGUACAUGAUCAUCAACCAAUAGUUUCUGAGUGCUACUUUUAUGGUAUUGUUUUUAGUUUUCUUUAAUUCAA